CUCAACAGUCAACACGAGUUAAGCCGGCCCGGCCCGAGCCUCAGCACUCAUCAGCGAGCCAGCAACCUUCCCCCCGUCGCAGCGCAAGAUGCCGCCGCUGGCUCUCCUCCUCCUGCUCCCGCUCCUCCACCUCCUCGGUCCGGCUCUCGCCGAGGCCCCCGACCGGUACGCCGUCCGCCACGCGCCGCCGGCCACGGGCGCCAACGGCAAUGCGGCGGCCCAGGAGUACAUCGACCCCACCUACCCGCUCCCGGGCCCGCCCCCCGCCGCGCCGACCUGCACCGUGCCGGUGCUCUCCUACUCCUUCGCCAACACCUACGGCGCGCCCCCGGCCAAGGCCGCCUACGCGCCCCCGCCCGGGUGCCCCGCGCCCUGGUCCCAGGUCGUGCUCUCCUUCUCCGCCGCCUGCGCCGGCGACCAGUACGACCGCGUCGCCGCCGUCUGGCUCGACGGCUCCGAGCUCCUCCGCACCACCACCGCCGAGCCCACCCCCGAGGGCGUCAGCUGGACCGUGCGCAAGGAGGUCACCCGCUACUCCGCCCUCCUCCGCUCCCCGCCCGACGGCGUCCUCUCGGUCAUGCUCGAGAACCUCGUCAACGACGAGUACACCGGCGUCUACAACGUCACCGUCUCCCUCGAGUUCCACGGGACUCCGGCUUACCUCUCCGGGGUAAAUUCCCCGUCCUCCGAUGCUGGUGUCGCCGACCCCGGCCCCGCGACGCCGACGCUGCCGGAGUCGUACUUCCAGCCGGCGGACCUGAUCCUGCCCAUCUCGGAGGCCACCCGCGACAGCGGCUACUGGUUCCGCAUCCAGAACUCGUCCGACUCGCGCUCCAAGCUCGUGACCAUUCCGUCGAGCACCUACCGUGCGGUCCUCGAGGUGUUCGUGUCCCCUCACUCCAACGACGAGUUCUGGUACUCCAACCCGCCGGACCUCUACAUCCAUGAGAACAACCUCACCACGCAGAGGGGCAACGCCGCGUACCGCGAGGUCGUCGUCAGCGUGGACCACCACUUCGCCGGGUCCUUCGUGCCGUUCCCCGUCAUCUACACGGGCGGCAUCAACCCGCUCUACUGGCAGCCCGUGUCCGCGCUCGGCGCGUUCGACCUGCCCACCUACGACAUCGAGCUCACCCCAUUCCUGGGCCUCCUCGUCGACGGCAAGGCGCACGAGUUCGGCAUCAGCGUGGUGGACGGCAUCGCCGAGUGGCUCGUGGACGCCAACCUGCACCUCUGGCUGGACCCCAGCGCGUCGGACGUGCAAGCGUCGCUCGGCCGGUACCGGACGCCGCGCCUGUCAAUCUCCCGCCGUUACACGACGCAGCUGCAGAACGGCAGCUUCAGCAUCCAUGCCAAGAGGAAGUCCUUCUUCAGCGGCUGGGUCAAGUCGUCGCUCGGCAACUUGACGACCGAGGUGGAGACGGAGCUGGAGGCACGCAGCCUGGUCGAGUUCACCAAGGACGGCAGGAACAAGACCGUCCAGAUGAAGGCGGAGCAGGAGACGGAGGUGCUGGUCCGGUCGGAGGCGAGGAAGGUGAUCGGCAAGCUCAAGACCGAGUCCGAGUACCCUCUGUCGUUCUACAUGGACACGGAGGACGGCGAGGACGGCAUGUCCGUCGUCACGGGGAGCCUGUCCCACACCUUCAAGCUCGAGACGGAGGUGAAGUCCGACGGGUUCGAGAACGAGUCGACGCUGGUGGACGAGCAGACCGCGAAGGGCUGGAUGGUCGUCAAGGACCACGACGUGAUCAACGGGUCGGCGGCGACGAGCCAGAUGUACCGUUACAGCGACGACCGGUGGCGCUACCAGCGGAUGAUCGACGCGGUGGACGGGCUGGUGCUGGGCGACAACGUGAGCGAGAGCUACCGCGUGCAGGACGCGGCGAAGGCCAAGGCUUGCCUCCCCGGAAGGAGCUGCGACGGGACGGCGUCGGCGGCCGAGCGCUGGGUCUACAUUGCUGCGAUGUAAGCAUGAUGAUGCAGGUUUUUUUUUGGGGGGAAUCCCAGAUCCGUGGGAAGUUUCUGGUAGUUGGAUUAAUCCAGUGCACCACAUUAUGUCCGGUGCACUCUUGUUGUUCUUGUAUACUGUAGUUUUAUUAUGUGAAGUGUAUGAUGUAGUUGUACACGUUCGUGUCAACGCUUAGCGGCCGCGAUUUAGGGAUCUCGAUCUAUUGCUGUGUGUAGCGAUUUUGUGUGAGUACCUCUUUGUAUAUUUUAUAAAAUAUAUAAAACGUGGAGACGCUAUUAUGAUGCUUAUUUUAAUAAAGCUGGGGGUUGUGAUA